CGAAUCAGAAGACGUUGGCCACAUAUUGAGCUACAUUCAGUGAGUGGCAGCUGUUGUAUUUCCACAAUGGAUCUUGGAAGAAGGUUGAACAGAGGUGCAAAUAUCACAUUUAUUAAUCCCUGGAUUAAGUACUAUCUAUUUUUCUUCAGUUUCUUGUUCUGGAUCAUCUCACUGGUGAUUGUUGCCAUUGGAGUAUAUGCAAAGAUCCAAAAAGCCACAGAUGCUGUACGGGAUACUUUUGUUAUUGACCCUGCGAUAAUUAUGAUUGUGGUUGGAGCUAUUAUGUUUUUAAUCACCUUCUGUGGCUGCAUUGGAGCUCUGAGAGAAAACAUUGUGCUGCUGCAAGUGUUUUCGGUGAGCUUGACCAUCCUAUUCUUGGUACAGUUGGCGGUUGGAGUCCUGGGAUUUGUCUACUCAGACAAGGCUGAAGACACAGUGAGUAAAUUUAUCAAGAAAGCCAUUGUCCAUUACAGGGAUGACAUUGACCUGCAGAAUCUGAUAGACUACAUCCAGAGAGAGUUUCAAUGCUGUGGUUGGAACAGCUACAAAGAUUGGUCAAAGAACAUGUAUUUCAACUGUACCCCGACCAAUCCCAGCCCCGAACGCUGUGGUGUGCCUUACUCCUGCUGUACACUGAUACCUGGUGAGUCAGUGAUCAAUACAAUGUGCGGUUUUGGGAAACAAUCGCUAAACCAACUGGAAGCCUCUAAAUUCCUGCACCCGGUGGGCUGUGCUGACAAGGCAGCGAUCUGGAUAGAGAGUCAUCUGCUGCUGGUGGGAGGCAUUGUGCUUGGGCUGGCACUGCCACAGAUCGGAGGGAUUGUGCUGUCUCGAAUGCUGAUUGGACAGAUCAAAGAGGAGAUUAAAUCAAUAUAAUGACUGGAGCCUUGUCUAUGGGAAACAAACCAAAGGCAGUGUCAUUUGCUGAGCCUUAGCCAAGAAUCAAAGAUGCCAAACUGGCUGAAAGAACAUUCAAGACCUUUUUGUUAUGAGAAACAACAUCAAAUGCUGUUCUUUUAUUUCUGAUCAACUGAAAUGGAGGAAUCCAAGAUAGUGCAUUGUCGGUUUCUCUCCUCAUCUUUCACCUGCAUCACUAAGAGUUGAACGGAGCAGAUACUGAGGAUCACAGGGAGCACUGCAGUCAGCUGCGUUCUCAGCCAACAUCCCCUUUUCCACAAUUGGUUUUGAGGCAACUAUUUGAGUGAUUCAGCGUGUCAGCAAAAGGUCAAAAAAAUUGAGAACAAUUUCAUAAUUUCCAACAUAGAUUUCACAUUACGAAAGCAUGACUAAACAGCUGAUAUAUUUAUCAGGCUAGUUCUGCAGUGUAAUUCACCCAAUGCUGGUCUGAAAAGAUAUGGAGUAAAAACUGCUGUCUCCAAAAUAUUGCAAUAGCCUACAACUUAGCAGUGAAGAGAAGGUACAUAAUAUACACACCAUUCUGGUUUUAUCUGGUGUUUCUCCUCUUCCAUCUUAUCUCUUAUGCCCACCCCACUCCCACACCCUUCUACCCUGCUCCUACAUAUUGACAGUGCAGUCCCUUUGAUUCUUACUCUGCUCCCACAGUGACGUGUGACAGGUGAGGUGACCCUUGACUUCCAAUUUCUCACCUUCACCUGAUGAUUACAGACAUGCACUUUGCUGCAGGCAUGGAAUUAACAAGGAAUGAACUAACCAGUCACUAGGGAGCAGCUAGAAAUGGGACCCUGAUAUGACUAUGUUUUCCACCACUCAGCUGGGAUAAAUGUGCUGACAAUUGAACCCCAAUGUUCCACAAACCAUCACAAACAUGGACCUACUUAAAUAAUCCACCAAGAUGAUCAAUUUCCAUGCUAGCUGCUAUUCAGGACAGAAGUAAUUCCAUAAGAAAUAGGAACAGGAGUAGGCCAUUCGGCCCUUCAAGUCUGCUAUGCCAUUCAAUAGAACCAAGGCUGAUCCAACAUUCCUCACAUCCAUUUUACUGUCUUGUCCGCUUAACUUUUGAUUCCCCUAAUGAUCAAGAAUCUGUCUGUAUCAGCCUUAAAUAUGCACAAGGAUUCUGCCCACACAGUUCUCUGUGGCAAGGAG